UGCACAAGGUUCAUUGUCAGUAAACAGUUAGGUUUGUUGAAGGCGGACAGUGUGAAACACAACACAUUCCCAAUCAGUAACGAACAAUACAGAACCAACAAACAGAAUGCUGACCCAGAGUUUGGCUGAGAGGAAACAUCAUUUAAUAAUGUAAUAUAUUAAAAGGAUUAGUAUAUCAUUUAAUAAUUCCAGCUACAACUAGUUCCAGCUGUUGUAAUGCCUAAUAAAGUCUUAGUCAAUCCCCAACAACUCUUCUGUCACCAGAUGAUCAAUGUUCCAGUCCACCACAUAACAAGCUGUUGGUAUUUCUGGUAUUCCCCUCAGUUCGAAACCCUAUAUAUGCUCCAUCCUGGGCAGCUCUAACUGCUGUGGUUGGCUGUAGAGGGUAGAGGAGCUCAACUUUUCCUUCAACAGCAAGUGCAAAUGGACGAAAACAAAACAAAAACACUAAAACCUCCAGGUAUUCCACUUGUGUCACAUAAUGCACGUAAUACAUAAUAAUAUAUAAUACAUAAUACAUAAAACAGAGCUUGUUUGCUCCAAUCCUGAGUUUCAUGCUUGUUUGGGAACCCUCCUACUCUGUGCUUUUGCAGAUUCAAAGUCCAACAACAUGACAACCGAGAUUCUGUCACUGUGUGUGAGUGUCAAAAAGAAAUGGAGAAAGAGGAAGACAGAAGAGGUUUCACACAAAGGAAGAGCUUAGAAGCCCUGCCUCAGAAGGCCUGGUAAAGGGAGCAACAGUAGGUUUGAUUCCAGCUGAUUACACUAAAUAAAAACAUAAAGUGUUUUACAGAAAAAAAGCAAGAAAAGGUAAAUUCCAUUAAAACCAACAAACAUCUUAAAAGAAUCACGGUAACCUUUUAGCAAAAGAAGCUGUAAAAAACAUGUAAACCAAGUUAACAGAUAAGAGCUGAUAAAAAAAAAAAAAAAACAUAAAUGGAAAUCUACAGGAAAGAUGUUACUGAAGAAGUAAAGCAGUCCAAAAAUUCAAGACGAUCUCUUCAUCGCAUUUUGGAUUAGCAGAUUUCCGGCAUGUUCUAUGAUUUUUAGCCUCAUUCAGUAUAGUUUAGUGCUCACUUCUAACCUUUGAUUUUUUCUGCAUUAAAUUGAAGAAAAUCCUGACACUGGUUUUAAAGCAAAUAGUAACUCAGUAACUCCAAUGGACUGUGGUGAAACAGAAAUAUAAAGUAGUGUGCCAUCAGUCUGGGUAUGGAUAGUGAUGCUGUAACACUUUUAGGCAGCUUGUGGAUAUGAAGAAAAGUGACCCGAGAAUGGAGCCUUGAGGAACCCCACACCUGAUUUUUGUAUGGAAACUUUGAUUAACUGAUGUCCGGUCAAACCAAGAAAUAAGUUUUUGAUGUGUCACUGUUAAGGUCUAUGUUAAUCAGAACUUUUACAAGUGCAGCCUCAGCACUGUGGUGUCAUCCAAAACCCAACUGGAAGGCAUUAAGUUACUGAUUAUGUCUAAAAGGUGUAAAUUAUCAAAAAAAACUGCUUUUUUUAAAUGAUCUUAGCCUCAGAUGUUAGGGUAGACAUAGAAGUGUAAAUACUUCAGGAGUCCAGAUCAAGGUUCUUUAAAAGAAGGAAAACAUGAGUUAAGUAUUGGUUAUCUACAAGGUUUACACAUCUAAAAACCAUCAUGGGCACGCUGUUAAGGCAGCAGGUCUAUGAUUUCAGGUCAUGAAUAGUUUCUGUCAUAGACACAUAAUCCAACGGUUAACAUGAUCAAGUCGGCACAGGAGACAUAACCACGUUACCAGAGGUACAACCAUGCUCCUUGUCUGAGUUCUGUCUUGGAUGUAAUGUACCUUCAACCUACAGUUGGCCUCCAACCAGCUGCAUAUGCACCUGGUUGGAUGGACCAUUUACUGGCCUCACAGACAACCGAAAACAUGUCUUUGUGAAGGAGAUGGUUGGGGUGUUUUGAAACUUUCACUUCCCAUAGUGGAAGGUUAUUUUCAUCCUCUCAUUCGAGUUUCUCUUUUUUCACCGCCUUUCUGUUGCUCCACUCCUUUGGGGCUUUCAGACACAAACCUAACGGACUCUGUGUUUUUAAACACAUGUUGCUACUGUGAAUGCAAAAUUCACUUUUUUUUAUCCUGAUCCAUGGCUUUUGCAAUAAAAUCUCCUUUUUUGAUAAAAAAACAGAGAGGGUUUUUAUUUGAUAAAGAUGAAGCAUUUUUAUUUCCCCAUGAUCAUUUUAGUAAGGAAAAACAUCUAAUGUUAUAUUGAAACAUCCUUAGUGUUCAAAGUUAGUCUGAUCAUCAUCCUAAUCCCUCUUUAUUCUUUAUACUUUUCUCAUUCCCUUUUUGAUAACCACAUUCCAGCUCACUCAUCCCCCUCAUUUGUCUUUUAAAUCUCCUACUACACAUUAAUCUUUCCGAUCCCUCCAAACAACACCUUUGCAUCCCACUCAUCCCCGUUUUUCAGGCGCUUCCUCCUCAUCCCUCUUUCUGAUCCCAUUUCAUACUUCUCCUCUUCCUCACCCUCAUUCUGUGCCUGCUCUAGUUUUUUUUGUCACACUUAAAUGUUCUAGAAAGCCGAAUAAAUUUUAACAUCAGACAAAGACCACCGGAGCAAAUACAAAAAACUGUUUUCUAAAGAUGAUUUAUUUAUUCAAGGAUACAAGCUUUCCUGACCCAAUGUGCUCACUUUGUUAAAUUAAGAAAUAACUGUAAUUAACCUCAUAUUUUAAAGCUCAGUGCAAUUUUCCUAAAUGACUUCGAGGGAACCUGUCUGACAACAUGAAGCAGGCUAAAAGAAACAAAGCUACAUCUAUUAGUCUGGAAAGGGUCACACAGCCAUGCUUAAUGAUCUGGGACUCCAGAGAACCACAAUAAGAAGCAUUUUCAACCAAUGGAGAAAACAUGGAACCAUGGAGAAUCUUUCAGGAGAGAACAUCUAAAUCUCUGCAGGCCCCAUUGCCUCAGUUAAGGUCAGAGUUCAUGAUUCAACAAUAAGAGAGGCUGGGCAAAAACACAAAGGCCUGCCUCACAGUUACAACCCGAUGAUCCCAAGACUUUUGAGAAAAUGUGUUGUGGACUGAUGAGACAAAAGUGAAACUUUGCAGAUGGUGUCCAUCCUGUUACAUCUGGCGUAACGUUAAAGCCCGCCAGUAUGUCCACCACUGAAUGGCUCAAAAACAUUUAAAUAAAGGUUCUCGAGUGGCCUAGUCAAAGUAUGGACUUAAAUCAGAUUGAGAUGCCAGGGCAUGACCUUAAACAUUCUUGAAAACCCUCCUCUGCGAGUGAAUUAAAACAAUUUUGCAAAGAAGAGUGGGCCAGAUUUCCUCCUCAGUGAUGUAAAACACUUAUUGCAGGUGGUCAUCACAAAUGAUUAAAAGCGGUGGUUGCCAAGGGUGACACAGCCAGUUACUAGGUCUAGGGGACAAUUACUUUUUUCCACAAAGAGCUAGGUUGCCUUGGAUAUCUCUCUUUCCUUAUUACAUGAAAUCAUAAUUUUAAAAAAAGUGCUCUCGGUCUUUACUCAGGUUAUCUUUGAUAAAACAGAUGAUCUGAAACUUAAAGAGCAAAAAAGCAAAACAAGAGAAUUCUGUAAGGGGGUAAAUGCUUUUCACACCACUGUAGAUUAUUUAUUGUCUGAACAACAUUAUGUUUGGUUAAAAUAAUGAUUCUCAUAAAUUAGAUGAUAAAAAUGAUUUUUUGCAGGAUGGGUUGUUGGGGGGCUCUGUAUCUGGAGGGUCUCGCCCAGGAAGGGAUUCCUGGAAGAACCGCCUCUGGUUGUACUGGAUUCGCUCAUCACUUCAGGUUUAAUCCAGAACCUUUAACUGAAUAAAUGUUAGAAAAACACGGAAUUAAUCCGCUCUUCUGGGCUAAACUGGCUGAACACGAAGAAAAUAAGAGGAGGGAAGAAACCUGUUGCAUGUUAAGUUUUUGUUGUCGACUAUAAGACCUGGAAACACAUCUGUACACAUGUCAGUGUGUAUUUUUUCGUUGUAUUUUUCGUGGACAGCUACUUCCUGCUUUCUAGAUCAGGCUGCAGCGUGCGCAUCCCCAGGAUGGUCCGGGUUGGACACGUUGGAUAUCUGUCAUGUCGCUGUGUGUUAAUGGACCUUAUUCAAGGCAACGUUUCCUGUUGAGAGGCUCGUCCUACCAUCAGCCUCGAUGGGUUUAACAGUUUAUUAGAGGAAGAGACAAUAAUGCAGCGCAACGGGGGCAGCAGGAGUCUAACAGGUGUCCACCAUCAGCUGAAGAAGCGCCUGGAGAAAGACGGAAAAACUGGACCGAAUAUUCUGCUUGUUUCCAUCAAGUAAGAGAGGAAAAGGUGACAACCGAAACGCGUAUCUUCCUCCUUUCAUUUCUCCCUCAAACGAGGAAGAGGCUCCCGGUGGUGGAGGAAGGGGGGAGGCGCUGACUGACAUUCCCCACGGGACAGGCCGACCGACCCGCGCUGCUAACAGGUGUGUCUGAAGAGGACGCACCGCUCAACCGCCCAGGUUCGUCCCGGUUCCCCCUUCCUGCUUCAUCUGUAGGGUCCGGACCGAGGCUGCUGGACCGGGAGUUCAGCUGAGGCAUCCCAGCGAGAGCUUUUUGCUUUCCUGCUUUAUUUGCAGCUGGUGCGUAACUAACGGAGAGGAAGAGGAAGAGGAGGAGGAGGAGGAGGAGGAGGCGGCUGGGUCCAAAUUAUGGCUCAUUAUUUCUUUGGAAAUUGAAGCAAUUUCUGAGGAUGAUAGUCGGGACAAUUUCACAGGUUAGACCUUUUUUUAUUCCGUAGGAUUAAUCCGUUUUGGACCGACCUCCACAGUUUGUCAGUUGGAAUCGAACCAAAUUCUAAGAAAUUUCACAACACGUUAAAGUGGGUCAUCUGUCAUUUUACUAUGACAACGAGGAAACCCGCCGGUGUUGUUGGAGACAUGGUCCCCAUCUCCAAGCUGCAGACCCAGACCCAGCAGAGCAGCCGGGGUCCCGUUGGAGGCGACGGGGUUCCGGCUGAGGCGGCGGAGAUGGUCGGAGAAUUCAGGGACUGGUGCCUGAAAACGUACGGGGACUCCGGUAAGACCAAGACCGUGACCCGGCGCAAGUACAACAAAAUCCUCCAGACCUUACUGCAGGAGGGCGAGGAGGACGGCGGCGCGGCGCUCCUGCAGGAGAAGGAGGCGGGCAGCCACCACAUCAACGCCAAAUUUAAAUUCUGGGUGAGGUCGAAGGGCUUCCAGGUGGACCGAAGCGGGCCGUCGUCAUCGGAUGGACCGGUGCUGUACGUCCCCAUCAAGGCGACGUGUGUAGACGGCGUGUCAGGUGGAGACUCGUCCCUGAAACGGGUGGCGGUGGUGGAGGACUUCUUUGAUAUAAUAUAUGCCAUGCACGUAGAGAUUGGCACUGACCCUGGAAAAACACCCAAACAUGCUGGUCAGAAGAAGACCUACAAAGCUAUAGCUGAGACGUACGCGUUCCUGCCACGGGAGGCAGUGACUCGUUUCCUGAUGAGCUGUGGGGAGUGUCAGAAGAGGAUGCACAUCAGUACCACAGGACAGGAUUACAAAGAAAACGACAGACCCACUUCUCUGGUUUCAGAGGUGAUAGACUUCAACGUGCCUCUUACCACCACCUACAUGAAACAGAUGAAGCUGCACUUUAUGAACAACAACAAGAAGGAUGAUAGUUCACUGAGCAGUGAGGAGGAGGCAGAGAUGAGCGAGCCCACGUGGCUAGCACCUGAUCCGGGAGCAGUAUCAGACCUAAGCCCAGCGAGCCGUGGGGAAAGGAUGCGCCACAGUCCCCAGAACAUCCACAGCAAGGACGACGACGAUGAUUCCUCAUCAGAAAGCGGAAGCGGGAACGGCCUACCUGCCCUGACCCCACCCACCUCAGCUGUGAUGGACGGUGCCAUCGCCAGGGAAACGGAGGGGCUCAACGGCAGCAGCAGCUCCGCUCCUCUCGACUUCAGCAGGCCGACUUCUUCUUCCUCAUCAUCUGAGGACCAGCAGCCGGUGAACCUGAGCGAGCCGCCCUCUCAGCGCCUGCCCCUGUCUGCCUCACACCUACCCAUCACUGUCUCUGCAGCAGCUGCGGCGCUGCUCGGCGCUUUGCAUCCCAACGCACCCGAGGAGCUCCGGAGGAAGUACCCGGUGGCUCCCAAACCUCCCCUGGCUCCACACCCGGCCCUGCCUCUGCCACACGCACACACUCCUCACACACACAACCCACACACUGGUAACACACACCCUCCAUUACACACACAUGCUGCAGAGCUUCGACUGGACCGAGAUGGCAGGGACUACGGGAGCAAGUCCCCACAGUACAGUUCAGGGGGAAGCUACGACAGCAUUAAGGUGGAAGUGAGCGCAGAAGACCUCACCAUUGGCCGUCACGGCACCCAGGUCGCUCCUGAUGAUGACGACGAUGACCACGACGACCAUGACGACAACGACAAGAUCAACGACACAGAGGGUGUCGAUCCUGAGAGAUUAAAGGCCUUUAAUAUGUUUGUUCGUCUGUUUGUGGAUGAGAACUUGGACCGAAUGGUACCGAUCUCUAAGCAGCCUAAGGAGAAGAUCCAAGCCAUUAUCGAGUCCUGCAGCAGACAAUUCCCAGAAUUCCAGGAACGUGCCCGCAAGCGUAUCCGCACCUACCUCAAAUCCUGCCGACGCAUGAAAAAGAACGGCAUGGAGACCCGUCCGACUCCACCUCACCUCACCUCAGCCAUGGCUGAGAACAUCCUGGCUGCUGCCUGCGAGAGCGAAUCACGCAACGCCGCAAAGAGGAUGCGCCUCGAAGCCUACCACGAUGAGCAGAUAUCCCUGGAGAAGCCGUCCAGCGGUGGCGCUGCUCUGAGGGAGCCGGCGUCCCUCGCUCAUUCUGCCUACUCCUUGGCUGCAUCAGCCUUCCCCUCCCAGGACACGCAGCUCUACAUCAACGGGGCCGGACUCAGCUACGGUUACCGUGGAUACCCGGGCCUGAGCGCUGCCAUUCAACAUCCCAUCUCCCUGACGACCGGCACUGCCACUCAGAGCAACGGUCCCACAGACCUCAGCAUGAAGUCUCUCUCCUCCACCAACAUCACUAACGUCUCCUCUUCCACCACCACCAACAACCUUAGUGGGCGGGGUGGCGGGGGCAGUGGAGGAGGCGGGGCAUCCGCACAGCUCAGCCAACCGGAGAUCACAGCCGUGCGUCAGCUGAUCGCAGGUUACCGGGAGUCGGCGGCCUUCCUGCUUCGCUCGGCUGAUGAGCUGGAAAACCUCAUCCUGCAGCAGAACUGAGAAAAACGAAAACAAGGAGCAGGGAGUUUGGACUCCAGAGGAACAUUCCCUCCUCUCCUGUCUGGAAGCGCCUCACAAUCAGCUGUACAGAGGGGAGGAAAACGGAAGUGAUCUGGAAAAGGAGGAAUAACUGAUGGUACUUUAAAGACUUUCCAGAUUUGAGUAGAGAAGAGAUUUUUUUAUUUUCCGGUAAAGUUCUUGAAACGUUGAUCAUUAACAAUUUAAGCUAUUAUCCGAUGAGUCCCAGAAUGACUUUUGAUUGUUUUUUUCAAUGAGCAGCAGCAUUUGUUUGUUUCUUUGCUUCUUUAAUUGAUUGAUCUCAAAACUCAGCACUAAAUUUCCUAAAACUCCAGACAAAGUAAAGAUAGAAACUGGGAAGAAGAAUCUUUAAUUUAAAGGAGAAAAAGAGAUUUUUUUUCAUUGUUUUGAGCUUGCUUGUACAUAUUUGCUCUCUGUGUCCUACAGCACUUUUCUCUCUCCUCAAACCUCCUGAAUCUCACAGUUUUUACCCAGGGAGCAACUUGCUACUUACUUAUGCAUUCAAGACGCCAUUUUUUUGAGCACCAGGAAUUACCUCAGAUCACACCUGCCAACCUUGCUUUCGGUUCUUGUACACUCCCAACCAAAAACCAGUUUACUUUGACUUCUCCCCUGCUGUCUUUCCCCUGCAGAUUUGAAGCAUUUCAAGGACUUAUUGAACUCUGAACUUUUGUUUUCUCUGUGCGGGUCUGUUGAUGUGCUGCUGUAAAUAACCAGUUUAACUUGAAACUUGAAGAAUCUGAGCUAAAGCCGGAAGGAGUGUGUUUCUCUGUGAGAUAGUUUUGUUCUUAAAGGGGAGGAAAAGUGUGUGUGUGUGUGCAGUGUGUGUGUGUGUGUGUGUGUGUGUGCAGUGUGUGUGUGUGUGUGUGUGUGUGUGCAGUGUGUGUGUGUGUGUGUGCAGUGUGUGCGCAGAGGGGAUGGAAGAGAGGUUUAUUUCCUGAUCCUAUUUUCUCUCUUUACAAACGAACACCUCAGCAUCAUUCGGAUAAAUAUACCUCUUACUCCUCCCCUCCCAUCCUCCUCAUUGGACCUUCUCUCCACACUCCUCCUCGUCGUGGACCUAAACAUCCUCCUCUUGGUCUCCAGCCCAGGCUUUGGAGGACAGACGAGGAAUGCUCUCGCUUUCUGUGUUUUUGUCUUUUUAAACUCUGAAAUGGCCAUUACUAAUGUUAAUGUUGUUACUGUUAUUAUUAUUCUUAUUAUGAUAAUUCUAUGAACUUUCAUGUCGCUGCUGCUAUUGAGAACCCGGACCUUCUACCACAGACCUGAAACCUCAACCCGGCCGUGCGUUCGUUUGGGCGGCUGCAGAUUUCUGUGGAGACCUGACCGACCCGCAGGCUUCUUGCUGCCUCAUCCUCAAACUGUAACCAAACCACCGGGACUCUGUUAGCUUUUCUCCUCCGUCUCACACUGGCUGGCCGCCUCUUUUUUGCUUCAUAGGGCUCACUUCAUGUUGUGGUUGUGACUUCUAACUGUGAAUCUCAGUUUUUUUGCCUUUAUUUCUUGUUGUUCUGAUAUUUUCUUCCUUCAGGGGGCGCAGUAAGGGAUGUAUUAUGAGGUUUUACAGCCCAAGGACAACUCUCUCCAUGAGAACUGCAGACACUUCAACCUGUUAACAAAGCAGAUUAGUACAGAAUAUAUUCUUGAGGACCAUAUAGGGGCUUGGCCCUAAAUACACUCAUUGAUUAAAAACAGUGCAGCUCCUGGAAGGAAGGGUCUGAUUUGGACAUAAAUUGGCCCACAAGCAGAUCAGUGAUGGGAAUAAAAAUGUUUUGGUUUGCUAAGAGUUGGCACGUCUAAAACAGACACAAAAAAGCAUUAGUGGGGGCUUCAAGAAUGGAGCCUACUGGCAGUUUCUGAAGGUUCCUGGAUGGUCAAUGAGAAGAAACAACUGAGGGCCACCAGACACAGAGGAUGCCUUGUUAGACAGAGUUACCAGCACUUCACAGCAUUUUUUAAGAGUCAUGUUUAUGGUUUACGUGAGGCCUUGUUUAUCACGCAGCUGUGCACCACACUAGGUAUUUGCUUUGAAGAACAUUACCUGGUCUGAGGAUGCACAUUGGUUGCAACAUCUGGUAACUUUCAGGGGAAUUGAUUCCCACCAAACCAGUACUAGUGCUUUCUUAAGACCAUUCUUUGUCUGUUUCCACCAAAAACAUUUUCUGUGACACAAAAAACUAGUUCUGGUGCUGUUCAGAGAUUUAAAAAAGGCCUGUUGGGAUCAUAAAAAGUAUUUAUUUAGCUGUAUAUUCAGACGACGUUUAGUUCAGUCAUCUCCCUUUACUACCAUCCUGCAGAAAUUCAGAAAACAAGAGAGGAUUAAACAUUUUAAAUGAGAGAUUGACAUGAGUUGGCAGUCUGGCUAUGGAAAACCAGUAAAAAAACAACUUUAUCACCAGGGGCUGGUGCACAAAGCAGCUGUUCAACUCUGUCCAAACCAAAAUGUGUCAUGCUGUCUUAAAUGUCUAUGAAGCUUCUAGUCAUUCCUCUCAUGAUGGCACCGCUUCUGCUCCCUGGUGCCUGUGCUACACAUGUCAGCUCCUUGCACACUGAAUCACUAAGAUAAGCAUCACUGGUCUGCAUGUGGUCCAAAUCAUGUCUGAUUUGGACCUUUGCUGGGUGUCUGACAGUUUUUGUUGGUUAAUUUAAUUUACUUUGGGACUGCAGCUGCUUGGCCUCACUAGGUUUGAAAACAGAAACAAAAUAAGCUACUGUCUGGCUCUGGUUCACAAAUCCACCUUAAGGACACAUCAGAAGCUAAUUAAUUAGCUGUUAUGUUUGAUUAAGCCAUAAAAGGGAUGAUGUUGCUCUUACAGCUAAAAUAAAUAGAUGGUUUACUCCUGAUCCUCAAAUUUGCAAAGAUAAACAUUGUAUUUUGUAGGCUUGGGCAUGGUUAACUUUACAAAAUAAGAGUUCCACCACACAGUAAGGAUAUUUACCAGAAUAUGAACUAAUUCUGAUCAGUGCUCAGACUGAGACUACCAGAGGAGCAGUCGCUCACUAACAUUCAUGCACUACUUAAUGCAAUGUUGCACCUGUAGCAUCUAUUAGUUUGACCUCUCCGUCACUAAUUGACCAAACCUGAGACAGAAAUGUCAGCUACCUGAAGCUGGUUUAAAUCUAAAUCUGAAAUCAAACUUGCUUGACCACAAUAUGUCAUAAGACCUUUUAAUAAAAGAUAUUAGCAACAAGUAGCUUUAGUUUUCACAUGCAAAUUGUGAGUUUAUGUUUUGGUUCAGCUGGCAGGAAAAAUUCCAGAUGUUGUCAUUGGAGUUUGUUGAAUUUAGCUGGUGAUGAAUUCAGUUGGCAUCGUUAGAUUUGGCUCACAACGUUUUGGUUACUGUGCUCCUGCUGUGGCUCAACGUUUCACUCGUUUUUGCACAGUGAACCAAACAUCAGUGAUCUGUGGUGUUAAAGGGGAGGUUUCUAUGAUUGUGUGACUAAAUGCAUGUUGUCCUGGAGAGAACAACCUUAAACGUACACUGGAGAAAUCUUGCAAUGUAGUUGAUAAUCAUCUGUUUUUGUUUGGAUGACACAUGGCAAGUAAUAACAGUAAAAACUUAAUUUAACCCUUUUUUAUAGAGAUAUUUGUUUCAGUGCAUUUAUCUAUGAAUCAUGAGAAUUAUAUGCAAAGGUAAGAUCAGGUUAGGACAGAGCAAGAAAGAAUUAUGCCAUUAGUUCAGACAUGUGCUGCAACACCUUUGCAGAAGAGGUUGAAUACUGAAGAAACUACAAUCAAGUUUAAACCUGAUUUGAAACAGAAAUCCUACAUGUUAAUUAAAUUAAUUAGUUAAUUAAGUGUGUUUGAGAGAAAUGCUCCUUCCUAAUCCUAAUUUGAAGGAUUUUUCAGCUAAUUUCUGAGUUGCUGCUUUGGUCAGGAAUCUGGAUUGUUCACACCUAGAACCAAGGGAUAAUAGUUAGGUGAGUGUUUUACUGCCUUUUACACCCCUCCUCACUGCAUGAAGAAAAUACUAUGAGCUUCCUAACCUGCAUGACUCAUUAGAAAGUGGCUGGAUGAGUUUUUCACUGCUAUUAUCUCUAUCCCCACAUACAAUUUAUGGUGACACUAUACCCAACCUUUGCACAACUAAUCCAAACAUCAUUAGGGGAAGAUUCAUGUAGUAGAUCACUACCAUCAUGGGUUUUAUAGCUGCACUAGGUUGUUUCCACAACCUUGUCGAGCUUUGGUCUUUUGCGUCCAAAAGGUGAAUAAAGGUCAGUUGAGCUGGCCCAGUGUCUACAAUAUUGACAUUGGGGAUUGGUUGUUGCAGCCACUUGGUGAGAUUGUAAUUCUGCUGUUGGUGGUCAGAGAACGACAGUUGAAAAGCGUAUCUGUUGCAGACGUCUUACCAAGAGCAUUGCAUUAACUGUCUGUUGGGUGGGUAAGGAUUGGGUAAGAUUUUACUGCAACUGCAUGGUGACAGCUGGCCUGGUUCUGCUUCAACCAAACUCACCACAGGGUGCAAAGCCCUACCUCUUGGAUACACUGCCAACACUCUCCCCAUGCUCAACCAAAGGCCCAGAUAUGCUGCUACCAUGGGUUUAAACCACCACAACUUUGCUACAGAAUUGUGUGGAUGCUUAAACCUCUCUGGAAACUCUCCAGCUCCAACAUGCAUUGUAGGGUGCCCACUGCUCACUCUACUGAAAAGCUCACCAAGUCCAUCCUGCAAACGCCAUCUAAGUUGUCAUGAACGUCUUUACAUCGUAAACAAAGUCUUCUUCCACUGUGAGGGGUGUGAGGAAACGUUCUGCCUGACUGCUGUUUGGUUAGCUGUAUUGAUUAAUUACCCCUGCUGUCUGGAAGAGGAUGACAAUGGUAGUUUUUUUUUUCCAUUCAGAGGAAGAGUUUUUACAACAGCAAAGGUAAAUGGGAUUAAGCUUCCCGUUAUGGAUGUAUGAUUCUGUGCGGAACUGGAGAGAAACAGACCCGGUGGUGCACAGGGGGGAAAAAGGGCCAAAAAACCCCCAUUUUACGACAUUCCAAACUCUGCUGUUUCUGGAGCUCUAAAAGAGGGCAAGUGGCUUUUGUUGCUGUUCUGCCUCCCCCAACACCCAUUAGGUUUUGUGGUUGACCUGGAAGGUCUCCUGUUGGUAAUCUUGAGAGCAAAUGGAGGUCUAUGGACCAAGCAGCUGUUUAUCAGCAGUUUAUGGUCUUGUGUAUAUCAUCCAGUCAGAUUUUGAUUAAAAGGUUUACCUCAAAACUAGACAUCCACAGUACCGCACCCCUGCCUCCCCCAUCAAAAAGAUAAAAAUAAUUUAAAACGCCCAAAAACUGUUAAAUACAACAUAAAACGUAGCAAAGGACAAUCGAUAGAAAGGUGGAACCAAAAUCCAAGCGUUUUCCCUUCAGAACUUCUCCAGGUGUUACUGAUUCCAGUGGCAAACAGCCAUUACAUUUCUAUCAGAUUUUUACUUUUUAAUACAACUGUUACUAAAAAAGUUUCUUUAGAUGUAUUUUGUAGGGGGGAGCAAGGUAUUUUAUCCCCCAUCUUUAGUCGAUAUUCCAAUACAGAACAUUCCAAACAUGGACCUGACUGGCAUCAUGUCCUUAAACAUCAAAUCAAAGCCUAAAAUGAAUGCAUUGAACUGAGUUAACUGCAUUGAAUUUCUGCUCCAAAAUACAUUUCUUAAAGUUAGAGUAGGUCUAACUUUUCAAAGAGAUAUUAUCAUAAACUUUGUACUUUGUAGGUUUUUGACCAAGAUUUAUAUUUUUUUUAUUUAGUUACAGAUUAAAAAGCAGCAGGGAAACAAAUGUCUAACAUAAUUCUUUCCGCUCAUUCCUGGAGAAAAUGUGGGAUAAAAAACUGGAAAAACUAAACACACCUGUUAUCUGAUUUUUAAAACUUCUGCAGUUCCCAGCUUUUAGGUCAAAUUUAAAUAACUUUACUAAUUGUUUAUCAUGCCCAGGCAUGAGGCCAGCAUGGCCAGUUCAGCAGGAAACACUGUUAUCCUGCCCCGCCAUAAUCCACAAUACUUCCACCACAAUAUUCAGCCAAGCUAACAUUGCUACAGACGUUUCAUACAUGGUCAAAAUCCUUCAUGACCUAAAAUGCUCCAUCACAUGAAAUGAGUAGCCCAGUUACCUCAACAAGACCUUACAGGGUCCCUGCUAAGACCCCAAAGACCUUAUCAGGAACCUCCAAAAAUAUUUAGUAAUAAAAACUUGACAGCUAACAAUUUAUAUACAAAUACUUCCAAAGCAAGUAGAAGUUUUUGUUCAAAUCCAGGGAAUGAAACUAAAGCUGUCAAACUAACCUCCCUCCAGCAGUAUUCAGUAUUAGAAACAAGAUAAAAUGACUAGAAAUGACAAUGUUUGACUCUGGUCCAUGAUAAAGAUCACGGUGUCAUUCAGGUCACGAUUCUUUGCUACAGAAUUAAGUCUCACCAAACACAUAAAUGAAAAAUCACAACAGCCUAUUCUUGUGUUAUUCUAAUAGACCAGACUGAACAGCUACAACUGAAAACAUCUGUACGUUUCUCCUUUCUUUCCGUCUGUCUUCUCCUGACUUUAUGCUGGCACUCCUGAUUGUCUUGAUUUCUUCUGCCAGCCCUUUGUACCUCCAGUAAAACCAAUGUGAAACCUGUAUUUCUCUUAUUUGACUCAGUGGAAGUGUGAUGUUUACAUGUACAGAUUUUUGCAAAUCUCCCUGGCUUGAUUUUUUUUGCUUGCUUCUUCCCUUAUUUGUACCCUCCCUCUCCUGCCCCCUCCUCCAUCCAUCUCUCCAUCCUUUACACUGAAGGGAAAGGUGACAGUGUUUAAAAUACCAUUAUCAGCAUUGUACUGUACCCAUGCUAAACGUGUAGAAACGUCACCCAGUUGAAGCUGAUGUCUGCGAGGCGUCCUGGUUCUGGGGUAGGGUGGGGUUGAGAUUUGUAUUGGUUUGUCUCUAAGAGUGGGUGGGCACAGAAUCACAGUGACCCUCCGCUGGUGUAACCCAGUCCAGUGGAGAGAAUGAAUUCCUCAGCGAAUGAUAAGCCAUUACAGACCCGGUGUGUCGAGUCUAUUAGUGUAUUUAGCAGAACUUAAAAAAAACCUCAACCUCAGGAAAACACGUUUUUGUAAAAACAAAACCACUGAAGGCCCAUUCCCCGUCUCUUUGAUAACACAUAAAUUAUAUCAAAAAUUCUUUUUAUAUUUAUUGUGUUUAUUAUAAUUACCAGUGGAUACCUUUUUUCCUGUGCUUGAAUAUUUGGAUUCCCUAGACAAGUCUUGAUAAUAUACAUGAAGGGGGAAAAAGAUUUAAAAAAAAUCUGUUUUUUUCUGUUAACUGCCUGGGAGAUGUUUGUUUUGCCCAGAAAUGAGAACAUAUCACUCUGGUCCAUGAUGACAAAAAAGAAACUUUACUUUAUGUGAUGUCAUUGCUAAAGCUGAAAUUUUCCUGGACUUGAAAGAUUUGUGACUAUUUAAGUUUGUUCAUUUUGGGGUUUUUUUCUGUUUCCUCCUGAGCUGUAUGUCACAAAGCUAAAUAUACUAAUAAAACAGUGUGCUCAUUAUGGAA